AUGCAAUUAUUGGGUGAAUUAGGUCGCGUUUUUCAAAAAGGCAGGGAAUUUGUUUUAAAAUAUUCUAAUCGAAUUUGUGAUAUUGCAACACAAUUAGUUGAAGUACACAAAAGAACACAUACACAAGCAGAAAAUAAUGCUUAUGCAAUACAAGUAGAACAAAGAGUAGUAGAAAGUUUUUUAAAUGGUCUUAAUCCUGAAAUUGAAAGUAAAAUUCGAAAUUUAAAUAAUGAUUUUCAAGGGACACUCGAUGAAGCUAUUAAAAUUGAGCAAAAAAUUAAAUUAAGAAAGGAAUUGAGUGAAUUUGAAAAUAUAAAACGAAAAGGCAACGAAAAACCCGUGUUCCUUUGCGAUGAAGUUAAACGCGAACACAAUAAUUCUCAAAAACCACAUCAAUCUAAUAGUCAUGAACAUUUAAGUAAUAGUUGUCCUAAAGAAAUUAUUAGUUGUGAUAAUUGUAAAAAAAUGGGUCACAGAAUUAGAGAUUGUUGGAAGAAAAUAAAUGAUGAAGAAAAACAAAUAAAAGAAAAUCAUCCUUCAACCUCUAAUUCACAUUUUGGUAUUUUUAAUAGAAUUCCAAUCAAACCUAUUUCUGAUAAAGAAGAAACUCGCGUUGAACAAAUUAAUUUAAAUAAAAAUAAUAAAAGUCCAACAAUUUUAUUAGGAUAUAGCGUAACUCCUAAUGUUGGACAAAUUUCUGUAAUGUUAGACACAAGUAGUGGUCCUAAUAUUUUAAAAGAAAGUUUUUGUCCAAAAGAAGCAAUUUCAGAUAAAACUAAAACUAUUAAAUUACUUGGAAUUAACGAAAUUCCAGUCGAAGCAUUAGGAGAAGUUGAAUUAGAUUUUCUUGAUUUAGAAAUUAAAUUUUUAAUAGUUCCUGACCAUUUUCCAAUCGAGCAAUCGGGAAUAUUGGGUUCGAAUUUUUUUGACGAAGCGAAAAAAGAAUCUCUUUACGAUUUAAUAAAAGAUAAUACUGAAAGGUUUCACCUUCCAGGUGAAUAUUUACCUGCAACAGAUAGAGUUGAACACGAAAUUUUAACUACAGAUGAAAGACCUGUUAAUAUUAAGAAUUAUAGAAUUCCUUAUGCUUUAAAGGAGGAAAUCGAUCGACAAAUUAAAGAGUUAUUGGAAAAUAAUAUUAUUAUGGAAUCAAGGUCACCAUACAACAGCCCAGUCUGGAUAGUUCCAAAGAAACCGGACUCUGGAGGAAGGAAACAAUGGAGAAUGGUAAUCGAUUAUCGAGCGUUAAAUGAGAAGACGAUUAAAAAUGCAUAUUCACUGCCAAAUAUAACUGAUAUUAUUGAUAGUUUGGGUGAAGUUGAAUAUUAUUCUGUACUAGAUUUAUCAUCGGGUUUUCAUCAAAUUAAGAUGAAGGAAAAAGAUCGACAUAAAACUGCUUUUUCGACUAUUUUAGCUAAGCCAUUGACAAAAUUACUUCAAAAAGAUGUCAAGUUUUUAUGGAAUCAAGAAACUCAAGAAGCUUCUGAACUAUUAAGAAAUAAAUUAUGUGAACUACCUGUAUUAAAUACACCUGACUUUACAAUGCCAUUUAUUAUUACUACUGAUGCAUCAGGUUAUGCAAUUGGAGCAGUUUUAUCACAAGGACAAAUCAGGGAAGACACUGCAUGUGCAUACGCUUCAAGAGUAUUGAGGGACGCUGAAAUAAGAUAUGAAACAUAUGAAAAACAAGCAUUAGCUAUUGUUUUUGGUGUAAAAACAUUUAGACCAUAUGUUUAUGGUAAAACAAAUUUUGUUGCGGAUGAUUUAUCAAGAAAUCCAAUCAAAACAGAAGAAUUUGAACAAAUCAAAAACAAACAAGAAAUACAAAAGAAAGUAAGUAAUAAAACCAACGAUUCAACCGACGAAGAAAUUCAAAAUCAACCAAAAGCUAUUAAACGCAAGAAAAAAGUGAAACAAAGUCAAAAAAGAAAAGAAACAAAAAAUCAAGAUUUAAAUCAAGAAAAUAUGAAAAUUCUUGCCGGAGUACUCAAGCAGAUGAAAGAAGAUGAAGAAUUAGAUGCAUUAUAUGGAAUUCCACAUACAAGAUUUCUGGAUAAUGAUUUUUAUGAAAAGAUUUAA